ACUAUAGUUCUAGAGAAAGCACUUGUCUGUGGGGACAGAAUGGAGAGCACCUUGCUCUGUUUGCUACUAGUGCUGAAUACACAAAUCUACUCUGGACACUCUGAAGAUGAUGAUGGACAGGCAAAGGCUGAUCUGACCAUACACCCCAAAUCCUCACAGAUAUUCAGUGGAGAGUCUGUUACUCUCAGAUGUAACAUACAGAGAGGAGAAGUCACUGACUGGAAAUACAUAUGGCGCAAGGAUGUUGUAGACUUCCUCAGUAAGAAGCAUGAAUAUGAGAUCAGUGAGGUUAAGAUGUCAGACAGUGGUGUCUACUGGUGUCUGGGUACACAUAUUGAUCAGAAUAAGUAUUCUGAGUGGAGUGAUGCAGUCAGACUGACGGUGACAGCUCUGCCUACAGCCUCAGUGAAGAUAGUCACUACCCAGAAACCACUGUACUCCGGAGACACAGUCAAGCUGCAGUGUGACAUAUCAGACUACACAGACUGGACGUACCACUGGUUAAUAAAUAAAGAACGGCUUUCCAGUCACACCAGUAAAACCACCACCAUCUUUCUCUCUGACCAGGCUGAUCAGUACCAGUGUGAGGGGACAAGGACAAAACGGCCCCAGAAGUUAUAUCUCAGCUCAUCUCUCCACAUCAGCGUCACUGGCAUAACUCCUGGACCCUCUACAUCAGUCCUAGUAGUAGUGGUUGUGGGCCUGGUUGUUGCUGGUGUUCUACUGGCCAUUCUGCUGGUACUGCUGUGUCGAUAUAAAAACGCCAAAGGUUCCUGUUGUAACAGGAUAUUCUCGCCCCCCCAGCCACACAGCACCAACCUGGACCCCCAACAGGACCAAGGAUCUACCCAGGGCCAGGCUCCUGAUGCUGGGUAUACACGUCCGCAGCAUGGUGGCGAUAACAUCUACGAUACAAUCACUCCCUCAGACAAUAAUGACAAUGAUGCUGCUGCUGCUACUGCUGGAACAAGUGAUGUGAUGUACGCCCAGAUACAACUCAAAAAGUUGGACAAGAAAAAGAAAAAAAAGCCAGCUGAUCCAAAAGAAAAUCCAGUCUUUUCUGAGGUCAAGACAGGGAAGGCCACAGCAGCAACUGGACAUGUUGAUGUGACCUAUGCUGAGGUUGACCUUAAACAGAAGUCCAAAGCCAAGAAGAAGAAAGAAACAGAAACCCCACCUGAGGCAGAUUCGGUCUAUUCUCAAGUGAAGCCAGUCACAGCCCCAGGACCUUGAGGGGGGCAGGGAUGGACGGAUGGAAGGAUGGAGUGAUGGAGGGAUGGAU